AUGGCGACAGAAGCUGCCUUCACCUCCAGGCCCGAGACCUUGGCCAAGUACCUCAAGCUUGACCAGAAGGGCUCAAUUAUGGCCGAGUACAUCUGGAUCGACGCUGAUGGCGAGACCCGUUCCAAGUCGAGGUUUGAAAUGGCUCAUGCCUUCACUCUGACAUCUGUGUCGACGGUUGCAUCAACGGAAAAGCUGGGGCAGCGGGUCGUCUUGCUCUGGAUUCAUCCCCUACGGGAUGUCUCCGACUUCCGGCUGGGAAUAGCGGGCAAAAAGCUGUGGGCGGCUGCAGGGUUGAACGCCGCAGCUCGGGUAUUGGAGGUCUUGCGAGUUGCUGCCGCAUCAUCAGUCCCCUCCCCUUUUGCCCGUCGGCGCGUCUUCGGUAAACCGGUUGGCCAGCCGCCGGCCGAGGGUCGUUACUGUUCUCCACGCAAUGGCCACGAUCUCCAAUGGGGCCACUGGGGGACUCUCAAGGAGAAGGAGUACACCCCCGAGGACCUUCCUAUGUGGAACUUUGAUGGUUCCUCCACCAACCAGGCGCCCGGCGACAACUCUGAUGUCUACCUGAAGCCCGUUGCUGUCUUCCCCGACCCAUUCCGUGGAUCUCCCAACAUCCUCGUCCUCUCCGAAUGUUGGAACGCCGAUGGCACCCCCAACAAGUACAACUACAGACAUGAGUGCGCCAAGUUGAUGGAGGCUCACGCCGCUCACGAGCCCUGGUUCGGUCUCGAGCAGGAGUACACUCUGCUCGACCUCAGCAACCGCCCCUUCGGCUGGCCCGCUAACGGCUUCCCUGCUCCCCAGGGCCCCUACUACUGCGGUGUUGGUGCCGGCAAGGUCGUCCAGCGCGACAUCGUCGACGCCCACUACAAGGCCUGCCUGUACUCUGGCAUCAAGAUCUCUGGUACCAACGCCGAGGUUAUGCCCGCCCAGUGGGAGUAUCAGGUCGGUCCCUGCACCGGCAUUGAGAUGGGUGACCACCUCUGGCUGGCUCGCUUCCUCCUGGCCCGCAUUGCCGAGGAGUUCGGCGCCAAGGUCUCCGUUGAGCCCAAGCCCAUCCCCGGUGACUGGAACGGUGCCGGUCUCCACUCUAACUUCUCCUCUAAGGAGAUGCGUGUUGAGGGUGGCAUGAAGCACAUCGAGGCUGCCAUCAAGAAGCUUGAGGGUCGUCAUAAGGAGCACAUUGCCGUCUACGGUGAGGGCAACGAGAAGCGUCUCACUGGCCGCCACGAGACCGGCUCCAUCGAUUCGUUCUCUUACGGAGUUGCCAACCGUGGUGCUUCUAUUCGUAUCCCCAGAGAGUGCGCCCAGAAGGGCUACGGCUACUUCGAGGAUCGCCGCCCCGCCUCAAAUGCCGACCCCUACAGAAUUACUGGUAUUCUGAUGGAGACUAUUUACGGUUCUGCCGAGUAA